CUUGAGGCUUAACCAUCGCCCCGAGAGGGGGAAGACCCGAAGGCGGACCUUCGUUCUUACUCCCCCCCCCAAUUAUUCAGCUCGCCCUUAAAAGUGAACCCGAGGUCAAGAAACGAGUGAGUCGGUUUCCGAAAGAAACUUCCCCGUGACUAAGCCUCGGCGGAGGCUCCCCGCUUCCCUGUGAAGGAGUUGGUAGCUUCCGUUCCUGGGGCGAGGCUGUGAGGGCAGCAGCACCUGAGGCGCGCACCGACCGCGGCGCCCAGCAACGUCGGAGGCGAAACGGAGCGAGCUGCGGAGUCCCACUGAAGAACUCCGAGGGCCAGGCGGGAUUGGCAACGAACGAGUCUGGGGCCAUUUAUACCCCAGUCUCCUUCCCUUUUUUUUCCCCGCGGAGCGGACCGGCUCAAAGUCCGUACAAAGUUUGGGAAAUGGAGAUUCGGAGGGCGCGUCAGCCGGCCGCGCUGCCCCUGUUGUGGUUCUUGGGCACCGCCUGGAUUUUAGAUUCUGCCAUUGCAAUGCAGGUCAGUGUGCCAAAUCCCUUCAACGUAGUCAUCCUAUUUCAACCUGUCACUCUACAGUGCAACUAUCAGACCACAGCAACCCAACCUCCUAUUGUCUUAUGGAAAUAUAAAUCUUACUGUCGAAGCCGCUUGGCUGAUGCUUUUAACCCCAACAGCCAGGACACUGUGAUCAACAACCAACUACAAGCAAACAAUCCAGGAUACAACCCUUAUGUGGAAUGUCAAGACAAUUCCAGGACUGUGCGAGUUGUGGCCACCAAGCAAGGCAAUACAGUGACCCUUGGGGAAUUCUACCAGGGCCGGCGCAUUACUAUCACAAAUGAUGCUGACCUCAGCAUAGAUCAGACAGCUUGGGGGGACAGUGGUGUUUAUUACUGCACCGUGACAUCUUCUCAAGACUUGCAAGGCAACAACGAAGCCUAUGCUGAACUCAUUGUAUUGGGCAAGUCCUCCGGUGUCUCAGAGCUUUUGCCAGGCUUUCAGAUAGGGCAUAUGGAAGAUUGGGUCUUUGUGGUCUUGGUUGUGCUGGCCUUCUUUCUGGUCUUCCUGCUCCUUGGAAUCUGUUGGUGCCAGUGCUGCCCCCAUACCUGCUGCUGCUAUGUCCGAUGUCCUUGUUGCCCAGAGAGGUGUUGCUGCCCCGAAGCACUGUAUGUAGCAGGGAAAGCUGCAACAUCUGGAGUCCCCAGUGUUUAUGCACCCAGUAUUUAUGCCUCCAGCAAUCCAUUGAAACCAGCUCCCCCAGCCGCCAUGAUCCCUAUGGGCCCAAGGUCUCCAAUGUACAAUGGUUACGGAGUGGAUUAUGAUCGAGCCAGCUCAGUUGGUGGAAACAGUUCCCAAGUGCCUCUCCUGAGGGAUACUGAAAGUGUUGCAAACGCUGCUGUGCGCAGUGGCUAUCGCAUCCAAGCCAACCAGCAGGAUGACUCCAUGCGGGUGCUCUACUACAUGGAGAAGGAGCUGGCCAACUUUGACCCUACUCGCCCAGGGCAGCCCACUGGGAGGCUUGAGAAAGCCUCUGUGAUGAGUGAACUAAGCUCUCUUCAUGAAGAUGACCGGCGUUAUGAGCUGCGGCAGGGGAUGGGGAGGCUGCGUGGCCAGGCCAUGUCUCCCAUCAGGGACUUGGAGGAGGAAAGCGUACGGAGCAGCGAGAACCGGCGCUUGUUGCCCCCCACCCCUUGGCGUGACCGUUAUGAGGACUCCCCACCCCGAAGCCAUGGCCGACGCCCGCGUUCCCACUCGGUAGAUGGCCUGGAUGAUUUUGAACGGGACUCCUACCCUUCCCGGCCCAGAAGUCGGGGUCAACAUGGUUCGGACAAUGAAUGGCAUCACCGUGAUUAUUCCCCCGACUCCCGCUACGACUCUGAGCGCUACGGCAGACAACGAAGCCGAAGUAGGGAUGACUUGCGGGAUCUGGAGCGAACCCAUUAUGAUAACCGGCUCCUGGAGGAAGCAAUGCGGAAGAAGCAGCGGGCCGGUAGCCGUGAAGACCUGGAUCAUGGAAGCGCCUCCAAUGGGCGGUCUGGCCACAGGAAAAACCGGGAUGAAGAUAGCAAUGGCUUUCCUCCCCCUCCUCCCCCUCCGUACACAGAGACCGAAUCUGUAUCUUCUCACAGCAAGGAUGACCGCAAACUGCGAAGGAAUCAUGCUGUCAGCAGAGAAAGCUUGGUUGUUUAAUUCUUUCCGCUCUUUCUGGAAUACGACAGAUUCUGUGUCUUGAAUGGCUACAGGAACACUCUUCAUGCAUCAGCAUUAGUUUGAUUCAGGAGGACCUAGAGAUGAAAUGGGACAGCAUUUAUGCUGGAUCUGAGCAGCCAUCAAAGGACUGGGCUUACUGCACUAGGUCACCUCACAGUGUCUUAGCCCAUCUUCAUCAGAGGCAGGCUAGGAUUCUUUUAAGAUUCCUUAAGAUUCUUAGUAUUAUAGACAUUUUAAAAUACGUUUUGGGUACUCCUUUUGAAUUUCAGAGCUAUCUAUUUCUGAAAUGUGCUAUUCUGGAAAGAGGAUCACUUCAGAUGUGAUCCCCUGAUACUGCAAACAGAAAGAAAUGGUUUAUUUCAUUGAACACCACUUGGAUACCUACUUGCCUUUAAUUUUUUCCCCCCUUGUAAUUUUGAAAAGGAUUCCAAAGAAAGAUGCAUUCGUAUGUAUUACCUUUUUCAUUCUGAUUUUAAAGAAGUGCUUUAAACACAUUUGAUACUUAAGUAAUGUGACUUUGUGUUUAAGGGUUUUUAGAACCUGAGUAUGAAACUACUGAUGCUGUAAAUAUUUAGGUGAUAAGCCACCAAGGGCUUUUUUUAAUUUCUGUAUUUUUUUUUUUUAAAAAAAAGAGAUUACAUUUUUAUAGGAAUGAGAACAAAAAUGAACAGAGCACAUGUAUCAGCAUUUUCAGAGUGGACUGAAAUUUCUCCCGGUCUUUCCAGCUCUCAUAUCUUCCAGAUGUGUGAGGUCACGUAUUGGACAUCUAAAUAUACAUUCUGAAAGUUACCCAUCGUAAUGGAGGACAUGAGAAAAUGUGAAUGAUUACUUCUGCUAUUUUCACUUUAAUAAAGAACAGAUUCCUACAAUUGCUGUUUAUUUUGAAAACAGUCACAUGCGCAUUGCUGGAUGACUUACAUUCAUCUGUCCUGGAACUUGUACUUAAGUCCUCUGCUGCAGUUUUACAGAGAGAAAAAUAAAUAAAGGAGUGAUACUUUAGAAACUGUCCAGCAGGAGACAACAAUUCUUGUGUAGAAUUAUAACACAAUGGGACAUUCUCUAAGUUGCUAGCACAAAAUGAUGUGUGCUGUUCACCAGCCAGCCACAAGAGAGAGGCAGGUCAGGUCAACUACCUUUAACAUAUCUUGUUGGAUGGCCAUAAAACGAGACAGACUAUCCUCACUCUUCAAUGCCUUCACAAUGUAGAGAUGUGUUUUCUGAAUAAAAAGCGAGAUUUUUUUCCA